AUGUCCGGGCAUAUAGGACGACGGCUGUUCUCGACGCUGCGCACCAGCUUCCCGGCCAACUUUAUCCAGUCCAGUCGCCAGGGCGUGCUAGGCGGUUUUACAGAGAGCUGCCAUACCACGACCUCCAGCUUCAACCUCUUCCGGAAUGGGUCAAUCCGGAGCUUCUCGCGCUCGAGUCCGAAGAAUGUAAAGAAGAUCAGUCGUCAGUUUGCGUCGGGGGGGUUGCUGGUGCUGGGUACAUCGUCGACGAGGAGUUCAGCUACGGUCGAGACAGGGACGGCGGCAUGUGCAGUAGCUUCGGCAGAGAAGAGUGUGUACCAUCAUAGCAGGAGGUUUACGGGCGGGCUAGGGCUCCAGAGUGCUGCUAGCUGGGGAUGGAGGAGAUACCUUCACACGUCCAAGUCGAAGGGAGAGGGAGGCAACAAGGACAAUACUACGGUGGAAGGCGGGAGACAGCAACCUGGUCCAUCUACCCCGAAGCAAGAUGCAGUGAAGCCAGAGUCCGGGUCAGAGCCGCUGACGGCUUCACCAAAGACGGACGGCGGAUCCCACGGGCACAGUCGAUACCAUCUGAUGGAUCGGCUACCGCAUAUGCAUCGGCCUACGAAGGAGGAGCUUCUAGCUGCCGCCACAGGGUUCUGGUCACGAUUGAAAGUCCGGUUCAAGUGGUUCUCUAUCAGAAGUGCACGACCGUUCAACGUUGACGAGAUUAGCACAUUCUUCUCCUGGGUUCUGCUCGGACAUGUGCUGUGGAUUAUACUUGGAACCACCACAUUCUUUUCACUCUUAAUCCUCACUAUCAAUACCGUUUUUGCGCAAGAAACUCUGGCGAGAUGGAUUGGUAACUACCUGACACGAUCUUCGGGGGUGAAGGUCGUUUUCGAAUCAGCAAUUGUACCCAAAUGGGGUGCAGGCGUGAUAACGUUCAAAAACGUCUUUGUCUCCCGCCGACCCGGACAAGGAAAGGGAAAUGUGAGCAAAGGGUCAUCCAAAACAGCUGCCGCAGCUGCAUUCCAGGGAAUGGACCAGCCUCGCCAUCAGAACGAGGAGGAGACCGAAGACGGCAACUAUACGCAAUUCGACGUCUCCAUAGAUACCGUCAACGUGACACUCUCCUUUACCAAAUGGUUCAAUAGCCACGGCCUGCUGAAAGACGUCCACGUCAAGGGAAUCCGGGGUAUCGUCGACAGAACGCAUGUCAAAUGGUCCGAGUCCGAUGCCCAGAUCGAUCCGAAAUCGUACCGCGUGGAGCAUAAUCCGGGCGACUUUGAGCUGGACUCGUUCAAGAUGGAGGAUCUCCUAGUAACCAUCCACCAGCCUAACAACUUCCGACCAUUCACCGUCAGCAUCUUCUCAUGCGAUCUACCACAGCUACGAAGACAAUGGCUCAUCUACGACUUCCUAUCCGCCAACAUGAUGUCUGGCUCCUACGAUAACUCACUCUUCACCAUCCACCCUCGCCAGACACACAGAUACACCGGCGCCCAGCUCCAGGACGGCUUAGAAGAAGACGGCACCCCCAGCCCCUGGAAGAAACACAACCGCAUCCGCAUUGAUGCACUGAACAUCGACCAUCUCAACACCGGCGUCCAGGGCCCGUUCUCGUGGAUCCACGAAGGUACCGUCGACAUCGUCGCUGACCUUAUGCUGCCCGCCGAAACCGACGAGAGCCUGGCAAAAGUCAUGUCCGACUUUUACGACAGGAUGGAAGCGACGGUGACGGCCAACAGGUACCAGCAAAGCGACGCCAUUGUCCCUGCUCAAAGCGAAGACGAUAAGCGAUUCGUGGUCACCGAUCUACGUAUACACCUGAAUAACGUUCGCGCCGUGGUGCCUAUCUUCAACCGGGACCUAUCGUACAUCAACAAUGCCCUUAUCAGGCCUAUUGUGGCGUACAUCAACAGUCGACGAACGUUUAUACCUAUCCAGUGCCGGCUUGUCAAGCGAGCUAGUGACUUUGACGGUAGCUGGACGAUCUUCGACAGCGGACUAAUGGAUGAUCUAUCCGCUGAGACGUACGACGCGUUUGCGCGGGACGUUGUCGACGAGCAGGCUCGAACACGGCGUUUCAAGAAGGUCGGCCUGUGGUCUCUGCAGCUUGCGGCGCAGGCCAUCUUCAUGGGCAUGGCCGCAUCUGUCACCCAGGCCGUCGCCACCUUCUCGCCUAGAUAUGUUAAUGUCGACCUGAAUACGAGCGUGGAAGCGUGGAAGCCCGCAGCCGCAGCUCCCAUGGCAAGAUCGGCCUCGUAUCCAGCUCUACCCCAGGACGACUCUGAUGGCGCCGUCUUUGAGCCCCUGAGCAGUUCGCCGUCCCUCUUUUCUCUGGCGCCUCCAGCACACCAGGACACACCGUCUACAGUCAGUGAUAGGAUAGACCGCAUGCGCGCAAUCUCUCAACCAUGUCCCGCUCCCGUGCUCUCUCGCCCGCUGUCCACCCAUGCGCUGCACCCGUCCUAUUCUCACUUCCAUCAGCAGCAGCAGCAGCAGAACCAACAUCAGCAACCCCGUAUGCCCCAGGAUGCCCUGAACAUCCAUACCGAUAGCAGACUAGCCCACUCCCAACGUGCUUUUCCUCAGACGGGGGCCUCGUCACACCCGUCCUCUCCUCCUACUCCCUCCUCUACUGCCGCCAGACUGGACUCUGCAGCCUCCUACUCUCCCUUUCCGCGCCAGGGCCAGACGCCGCCUUUCCCACAGACGCACGACAGAAUCAGCCCGGUCUCCUCGCUCUCCCCGUCACCCUCCGCCCUCUACUUCCACGAGCGCAUGGCGGGCCACCACCAGGGCCAGGGGCAGAAGCAGGCGCUCUCCCUACGUCUGCAGCGGUCCAGGGACCAGCUCGCCAGAGAGAAGGAGAAGGAAACGGACCAAAAGGGGACGGACAAGGACGAUAUGUCACACUCGCACUCGCCCUCGGAUUCCGUUUCUGCAUCUACGUCUACGCCGAAUACGUCGCCUAUAAUGCCUACCAGUAAUACCACCACCACCUCUUCCUUCGGCCAGCAGCCAUCGACGUCGACAUCAACAAUGUCGAAGACGAUAUCAUCAAUGCCAACGGCGAAACCUACCCCGCGCACAUCAUCGAUAGACUCUGCCAUAUCAUCUCUCUCAUCCCUCUCGCAUCCGGCGUCCCACUCGCACAAAUCCUCCGUCGACAGCCCCGCCAUAACGCCGGCAGACAUCAAUAAUCUGAUAUCCGCUGCCAACGGGUCGCCAGAGGCCGUCAUUGCGCACCUCCUGAAAGAGAAACAGCAGGCUGUUUCUCAGAAUUCGCAGCUGUGGAGACUGGUCGAGAAGCAGCGUCGCAUGGUCCUGGCUCUAAACAAAGAUUUAGAACGUACCGUGGAGGAAAAGGAUCGGCUGAAGAAGAAGGUCAAGGAGUUAGAGAAGCAGAAGGAGGAUAGUAAGGCCGCGGCCGGGACAGUCGAUGGACCAAAAGAUGGAGCAAAGGAUGAAACCAAAGAUCUUGAUGGUCAGCCCGAAAAGGACAGAGAAAGCAGUGCCAACACUAUCAAACUGCCACUUCAGACACCCACCUCCGAAUCAACCCCCAAACAGGCGCAAACUCCACCCUCACGCCGUGCUCCGCCUGCGCCACUACAGCUUUCUGGGAGCCAGCGUCUCCGUCCGCAUAUCCAAGUAGACCACUCUAAACAGCAGCCCGCCAGUAACAAUGCAGUCGCAUCUGAUUCCGAAUACGACUCCGGCGUCGAAGACUCUGAGCUCCCCAACUUCGAGCGCGGCCGUCGAAAGACCCGCGAGGAAGACGACAGGCUGCGUGAGGCCAUACUCGCGCAAAAGGAGAAAGAACAGUCCAAAUCCAAAUCCAAGUCAAAGGGACGCAGUCAAUCGAAUAAGAAACCCAAGAACAUCAAUCCUCCUGAAUCCCUACAGAAGGAACAGGCGCAGCACGAUACCAGAAAUGGGCCCGGACCAGGUACUGGCUUUUCAGGUAUUGGUCUGCCAGCCAGUCCUCGUGUCUCUGUUUCGCCGCCCAACUUGGCCAGACAAGCUGGACAGAGUCUCAAUUCCGUGUUGGGUCCUGCGGACGGCGGAAAGGCGUUAAGAGCGAGACUUAUCAAGGCACCGCCUAUGAGUCCCGGAUUACCACAGAGUCCACGGCCAGGUGAUCGGCCGAUUGGGUCACCGAUGCCUCGUCUGCCUAGAGACGGACAUAUGGGCAUCUCGACUCCCCUGCGCAAUGCCUUCCCUGCACCACUCCAGUCUCAGUCCCAACAACAUACCAGCUAUCCCGCCCAACACCCAGUACAGCAUGAGAAGAAGGCAUCCACAACCUCCACGUCCACCUCUGCGUCAACAUCCACUACCAUCCCGACCAUCGAUCCAACAGUGCAGAUUGACAGCUCCACUCCCACCGCAGCUACCACCCCAAAGCCCAUCUACCGCGGCCUCGUAUCAGACGACUACCCCGACCUUCUCCUCCCGCCUAACUCACUCCCUUCCAUCCUCGUACAGGUGGCUUCCUCUCGUCUCCGUCCAUCAAGGCAAAGUUACAUGAACACGCAGUCACAAUCCUCUAACGAACGUGGCAGUCCCGACGAAGACCCCGUCUUCACACUGAGUGUCUUCGCUCGCUCCUCGCGUGCAGAACUCUGGCGUGUUGAAAAACCCAUCAUUGCUCUGCCACAGCUUGACCAACAGGUUAAGACCCUCUGUAGGUUUGCUGGUCGGAUACCAGAACGCUCGGUGUUUAGUGGCCAUUCCCCCGCAAAGGUUGACGCCAGACGUGCAGCGCUGAACAGCUACUUUGAGAUGUUACUCGAUACCCCCAUGGACGAUGAGGCGGCGUUGGUAAUAUGCCGAUUCCUCACGACGGAUGCGAUUGAACCACGGGAUGAUGAGAUGAGUCUUGUAUCCGGAAAUGGACAUGCCAGUACCUCUUCUGUCGGUACAGGUGAUGUGAAGGCAUCCAUCCAGGUGGGACCAGAUGGCAAGCCAAAGAUGGAAGGAUACCUUACCAAGCGAGGCAAAAACUUCGGAGGCUGGAAAUCACGCUACUUCGUCCUUCAAGGGCCGGAACUGAAAUAUUUUGAGUUCCCUGGCGGUCCGCACCUGGGUACUAUUCGCAUCCAGCAUGCACAAAUAGGCAAGCAAUCCUCUACCCAGGGCAAGAAUGGCUCAUCAUCCUCGCAGGCCGAGGACCAAGAUGAUAACCAGUACCGUCAUGCGUUUUUGAUAUUGGAGCCGAAGAAGAAGGAUUCCACCUCCCUGGUCCGUCAUGUUCUGUGUGCUGAGAGUGACGAAGAAAGAGAUGUAUGGGUUGAAUCGCUUCUUAGCCAUGUCGAGCGCGUUGAGGGAGAGGACGAUGAUAAAGAUAAAGAAAGGCAGAUGGACAAAGACGGUAAAGAUGAAACAUCGAAUAAGCCCCGCAUACCCCUAAGUACCACCAGCGCAAACGCAAGCUCGUCUAAAAAGGGAACAAGCAAAGACUCCUCCGACGGUCUUGACGCCGACGGUCUUCGCGCAGUCAGCUACGAUGAUGUCGUGGCUGCCGAAGCCCCCAUCCGAGGAGGCGCGCCACCAGGCUACGAGUCUACCGACUCCCUUGCCGCAGCACAAGCGCACUUCGACCAAGCCAUGCCCUUAACCCCUUCAUUUAAACCUAUCUCGGGUCCUACCAACGGCGUUAAGAUCCAAGAUCCGUCCGCAUGGGGUAAUAAGCCCACCACGACGACGUCAGUCAAGGAGAAAAAGCGAAGCAUAUGGGGAUUCUCGCGCCAGGCUGCACCCAGUGAUUCGGGCAAUGCGACUGGACGCCAGGACUCAAUUAGCGGAGCAGCUGGUUCUAUGGCCGGUGGUGUAAACGGUAGCGCAUCUUCUCUCGAAGGCAAGGAACCUGUCCGUGCCGUCUUUGGUCUGCCUCUUGCUGAGGCGGUGGAGUUCUGUGCAUGUCCUGAACCAGGAGCUGAUACAACUUUACCUGCUGUCGUUUACCGAUGUCUUCAAUAUCUGCGUGCUCGCAAGGCCGAGUCUGAGGAAGGUAUAUUCCGUCUCAGCGGCUCGAAUGUGGUUAUCAAGGGGCUCAAGGAGCGGUUUAAUACCGAGGGUGAUUUGGACUUCCUAGAAGGGGAUAUAUAUUAUGAUGUCCAUGCUGUUGCAUCUUUGUUCAAGCAGUACCUUCGAGAACUGCCGACUACGGUGUUGACCAAGGAGUUACAUCUAGACUUUAUUAGGGUCUUAGAUCUCGAUGACAAGCAAAAGAAGAUUGCAGCCUUCCACACCCUUGUCCACCAUCUACCCAAGCCAAACAUAGCUCUCCUUAAAGCCCUAUCAGGAUUCCUCAUCAACGUCGUCAACAACUCCGACGUCAACAAAAUGACAGUCCGAAACGUCGGCAUCGUCUUUGCCCCAACCCUCAACAUCCCUGCUCCCGUCUUCUCCCUGUUCCUUUCAGACUUCGACCCGAUAUUCGGUGACACCCCACCACCAUACGCUCAGGCUCCCGCCUCAUCCCCUGGUUCUCCACCAGGAACAGCUCCAGGCUCAGGAUCUGGACCAGGAAGCCCCGGCUCCGUCGAAAUUACCGUCGACUCACCCGGCUUAAGCGCAGACGACAUACGCUCCCCACGACAUCAAAUGUUCUCCGAUCUACCAUGUACACCUGCCUAUGACCAGAGUUCGUUCCACAGCCAGUCCAACGACGCAAACGCAAAUGCCUACCGACACGCUAAAGAAAACUACGAUAUCAACACCGGCUUCGUGCCUAUGCAUUCUCAUCAGCAUCCACACCAACACCAACAACACUCAUAUGACCCUUCCACGUCACCAAUGAACGUGAACAUCAACCUAGCCCACCAGGGACAGCGAGAUGGACAGUUCACGGGACUAGACGGAAUGUUGGCGCCGUCGGGCAGCUCAUCGCAAACGACCAAGUCGAAACGCCGCGAGAGUUCGUUGUUGUUCAUGACUCUUGGGAGCCGGAAAAGUUCGAUGCCAAAGAUUCGCGACGAGGAGUAA